GUGGCGCUCGCUGCUCAUACUUUCGGUCUGUCUCCGCCCUUGCACGUCCCCUCCCUCCGCCAUGGCCCCCAAGAUCGACCCCAACGAAAUUAAGAUCAUCUACCUGCGGGCAACCGGUGGUGAGGUCGGAGCCUCCUCGGCCCUUGCACCCAAGAUUGGUCCUCUCGGUCUCUCUCCCAAAAAAGUUGGUGAAGAUAUUGCAAAGGCGACUGGCGCAUGGAAGGGUCUCCGGGUGACCGUCCAGCUCACCAUUCAAAACCGUCAAGCGAAGGUCGACGUUGUCCCUUCUGCUUCCUCGCUCGUCAUUAAGGCACUGAAGGAGCCGCCACGGGACCGCAAGAAAGAGAAAAACAUCAAGCACUCUGGCAACAUCGCAUUCGACGAGAUCGUCGACAUUGCACGGACGAUGCGGUCGAAAUCUCUGGCGAAGACGCUGGCCAACGGCUGCAAGGAGAUUCUCGGGACCGCGCAGUCGGUUGGUUGCACCAUCGACGGGAAGCCACCACACGAUGUCAUCGAGGCUAUUGACGCGGGCGAGAUCGAGGUUCCAGACGAGUAAUUGUAUGACUCUGCUUCUCCCAUAUUUCACGCUGCUUGUAUCAUGCACGCUCUGCACUGGACCAUUGCGCCACGGGCGAUCGGUUUCUGCAUUCCCUCCUAACUGGGUCUUAGGGCUUGAAGGCACUGUGCGUCUGCUCUGUAUGUUGUCUGGCGACCGAUCCGGGGUUUCGCCACUGCAAUUCCUUGAGACUUGUCACUCUCGUGUCACCCAACCUAUCCGAGCCUCAUCGUCGACCUGCCGAGUGCUGAGUGCAAUCUACCCCUCAAGUCGAGGUCUGAUCAUUCGCGC